UGGACAUCAGAAACACAGAACAUAUGGCUCGAACACAGGAGGGCAGCAUUCUUGAAUGCUCAGGAGAUCAAAACCACCUCCGCUUUCAUGUUGUCCACCUCUGAAGCUUGGUUCAGUGAGUUUGGUGUUGAUCCACCCACUGCAAAGGAGCUACAGCAGGUGAAUGGCAGCAAAGAGGCUGCCAAUGUCAUUGUAACAGAAAAGACGAAGAAACACCUGCGAUGGUGGUUUGAUAACCAUACACACAUUACAUCAUCUGGCAGUGGUUCGAAGAAGGUGCUCGACUUGACAAAGGGCCACAAGCAGAGAUUGCACGCGUAUCAAGCCUAUUACAAGCUC